AUGGACACUGCGGAGGUAAUUCUCUCUGUGUUGGUGGUUGUGAUUAUUAUAGUGUCGUUGCUGUCCAACGUCCUGGUGCUGAUCUGCUUUCUGUACAACCCGGAGAUCCGCAAGCAAGUCCCCGGUCUGUUCAACCUCAACCUAACCUUCUGCAACUUGUUGCUGACCGUGUCCAACAUGCCGCUUACUUUGGUAGGACUUGUCAGUAAAGCUCAGCCGGGGGGAGACAGCUUCUGCCAGAUAGUGGGCUUCCUGGAGACUUUCCUGUCCACGAACUCGAUGCUGAGCAUGGCAGCUCUGAGCAUCGACAGGUGGAUCGCGGUGGUGUUCCCCCUGAGGUACCACUCCAAAAUGCGCCACAAAGACGCGGCUUUUGUGCUCGGGUACACGUGGGCGCACUCCAUGUCCUUCUCCACGGUGGCCGCCUGUCUCUCCUGGGUUGGAUACCACCGGCUUUACGCAUCCUGUACCCUGUCCAACCCGAGGGCGAGCAAUCGGACCCAGUUUGUUAUCUUUACGGUCUUUUUCCACUCCUUCACCUUUCUUCUGUCUUUCAUAGUAUUAUGUGUCACAUACCUCAAAGUCCUUAAAGUAGCAAGGUUUCACUGUAAGAGGAUCGACGUUAUUACAAUGCAAACUUUGGUGCUUCUGGUGGAUAUACACCCCAGUGUUCGUCAGCGUUGUCUGGAGGAGCAGAAGAGGCGACGACAGAGAGCAACAAGGAAGAUCAGCACCUUUAUUGGCACCUUCAUGCUCUGCUUCGCUCCCUAUGUGAUUACAAGGAUUGUGGAGUUAUUUCCAGCGGUGCCUAUCAACCCUCACUGGGGAAUUGUUUCCAAGUGCUUAGCUUACAGCAAGGCCGCUUGCGACCCCUUUGUGUACUCCCUCCUCCGACACCAGUACAAGAAGACAUGCACUGACAUCAUCAACAAGCUGCUGAAACGCAGCUCCUUGAAUGCAUCUGGGCGCCGACUUGAGAACCAGGUCAACAGCAUACCCACUGUAGAAUGA